AUGUUGGAAUCAAAAAAAUAUUUUCCAUCAUCGUCUCGAGCCAAAUUGGCUGACCUGAAAUCAACAGUAGAUUUAUUGACGUCGAUAACAUUUUUUCGUAUGAAAGUACUGGAGUUAGCGAGUCCUCCACGCGCUUCUAAUGUUGUGAGUGAAUGUGCGAAAGCGUGCAUGCAGGCUACAUAUCAGCUGAUGUUUGAAAGUUGCUGUGAGGAUGGUGGUCCCUCAGCAGAUAGUGUAAAAUUCUGGUUUGACUUCCUGGAUUACAUGAUGAGAGUGAUCGAAGACGACAAAAAUAUCUACACUCCUGUCCUGAAUCAGUUCCCACAGGAACUGAAUGUUGGCAACCUAUCGGCAGCAACAUUAUGGCAGUUGUAUAAGACUGAUUUACAGAUGGCAUUGGAAGAACAUGCACAGACAAAAAAAUGUUCAACACCUGAAUACAUGAAUCUAUAUUUCAAGGUGAAGGGGUUUUAUUUCAAGUAUGUUGCUGAUUUGCCCCAAUAUAAAGCUUCGAUUCCGGAAUUUCCUGCUUGGUUCAUACCAUUUGUAAUGGAUUGGCUGAAUGAGAAUGAUGAACAUUCCAUGGACAUACUCAGAAAUGCGUAUAAUCGUGAUAAAAGUGAUAAUUUUCCACAAACAUCAGAGCACACAAAGUUCUCAAAUUCCGUUGUUGAUGUUUUUACACAACUUAAUGAAGCUCUUAAACUGCUCAAACAAAUGGACUGUCCAAAUCCAGAAGUGUAUGCAGAUAUGAUGAAACGAUUUUCAAAAACGCUCAACAAAGUAUUGCUUGCAUAUGCAGAUAUGGUACAAAAAGAUUUUAGCAAAUUUGUUGUUGACGAAAAACUUGCUUGCAUACUAAUGAACAACGUGCAACAACUUCGAGUCCAAUUAGAGAAAAUCUACGAGAACAUGGGUGGACCGAGUCUUGAUCCAGCAGCUAAUACCGUCUUGACCAAUUUGCAGAAAAAACUGAAUUCUGUUUUGGAUAAAUUGUCAGGACAAUUUGUAGAAAGCUUAAUUCCGAAUAUUCAUGAGCAAAUGAACAAAUUGGGUGUCAUUCUUGCUAAAAUAAAAGGACCACAACUACCGAAGAACCAGCUAGUUGGUGAAGUGGACACAGUGCUUGAACCGUUGAUGGAAUUACUAGAAGAUAAACUACAAGACUACGCAUCGCAGUGUGAGAAAACGGUCCUCAAGUAUUUGUUAAAGGAGCUAUGGCGAGCUACAAUAGCAAGCAUGGAGAAAUUAGUUGUUUUACCACCACUUGAUAACAAAGCGAUUUUGAAGCAGUUACCAAAUGCAAAGAUUGGUGAUAUGACAAAGUUGAUGUCGAGUCACUUAAAAGAAGUGAAAAGUAUGAGUUCGGUUAAAGAAAUGAUGGAUAUUGCUCGGGAGUACGAGCGGUCGUUGACACCAAAACAAUGCACAGUACUGGACGCAGCGCUGGAUGCAGUGAAGGAAUGUUUCCAUGCAGGUGGGCAAGGGCUGAAAAAAUCAUUCUUCGAGAAAUCUCCCGAGCUUCAGUCGCUGAAAUAUGCUCUUUCAUUGUAUACCCAAACCACUGAACAACUCAUCAAAACAUUUAUCACAAGUCAAAAACAACAAGAUCUGCCAUCACAAGAACAACCCGUAGGAGAGGUAAGUGUUCAGGUGGAUCUCUUUACGCAUCCCGGCACAGGCGAGCAAAAAGCGACAGUGAAAAUCUUGGCAGCAAAUGACCUCAGGUGGCAGACUGCAAGUGUGUUCAAACCCUUUGUUGAAGUACAUCUGCUUGGUCCACAUUUAGCCGAUAAAAAGCGAAAAAUGGCUACGAAAUCAAGAAGUGGUAAUUGGGCUCCCAAGUUUAACGAAACAUUUCACUUUUUUCUUGGAAACGACGGUGAGCCUGAGCACUGCGAAUUAAUGUUCCAAGUAAAAGAUUACUGCUUCGCUCGUGAAGAUCGGAUCGUUGGAGUUGGGGUGUUACAAUUGGCUAAUAUAGUAGAACAAGGAUCAUGUGCUUGUUGGGUCCAACUUGGUCGGCGAUUUCAUAUCGAUGAAACUGGUCUCAUUCUGCUCAGGAUAUUAAGUCAGCGCCAAACGGAUGAGAUAGCCCGAGAAUUUGUACGUUUAAAAUCUGAGUGUCGGUACGAAACUGAAUCAACGAUUGCUGCUUCAGUUAGCAAUCAACAAUUAGCUGGUAGGGCCAGCUGGUCCAGGUAA